GGCUCGCCACCGCCACCGUCAAGGACGAAUGCUCCAAGGAGCCAGCAGCGCGGAGCUUCCUGGAUGGUACCAGCGUUUCCUCGGGUGGUAGCGACGGGAGCGCACCCACGAUCAGGACGGUGCAGGACCUGAUCGCUUUCCUACCCGAGCUCCCCCCGCCAAGGUGCCUCCAGCUCAGUUCGCGAUCAGUCGCUGACCUAUGCCUGGCGACGGACGACGAACAGAAGUGCAGUCGGACCAACAAGCUCCGCGAGGUACAGCACCUCUUCGUCACCUACCUCCUCGACUUUCACCCAGACGUCGACGCGAUCUGGAGGGGGUGCGUGACACUUAAGGGCGCAGCCAUCCCCGAGCCAAAGCGAAUCCUGGCAGCAGCGCUACACCUCCUUGGCGCGAAGCAGAGGACCAGCCCAUUCCUGCGCGAGCUCCCUGUACUCGCCAACUUCCUGUUGGGCCUUGACGCGAGCGCCUUCGCAACAGCCGCCAUCGCAAACCUAGCGCGUUCGAGCCCAGUCACUAGCUCGGGCAGCGAGGUGGCCCCGCAGACAGCAGCCGCAAGGGGCCCAGAGGACGGCGACGCACCCGCGGACUCGGUCAGGGGCGAAGAAGAGGAGCUCGACCCACCAGGUGCUGCGAACGACGCCGACGUACACGAUGGCGCCAGCGGCAUUGCCGCAGAAAGGGAUCACUCCGUGGAAUUCGGCGGCCCGCGACCAGCAUCCCCAGCAGAGUCGCCGAGCGAGCGCGCAGAAGCGAGCGAAGGUUCCCAGCAGCCUGGCAGCUUGUUCCCACCCUCGCUCAAGUGCAGCCGCGAGGACAAGAGUGAGGCCUUUGACCAUCUCCUGGACCCGGUUACAGUCGGUAGCAUGUAUCGUGGACACCUGGGCAGCGUCAACCUGGAUCACCACGGAGAGCCCCCAGCCGGCAAGACCGUGCGCCUCCAGACACUUCUAGGAUGCGCUUUCAACGGGAUCUGGCGCGGCUACGCGCAGAAUCACCCUAACCGCGCCAAAGGGAUGUCCAAAAUCAGCCUCUUCUUGAACGACGAGGCCACGUGCAGGGGCUUCCUGAACGCCUGGCGCAGAUGCGGCUUCGACGCCUGCAAGAUGGAUCGGCAGCUGGAUCUCGAA